UAAAAAAUUGACAUAUAACGUACAGUACUUAUACUAUACAUAAUUUUACCAACCAAUAGCAACUACGUAGUUACCGCGUAGUUUUGCCGCGCAAACAUUGUGAUCAUCACUGUUAGAUAAUUAGGCAAAUAUUUUUGGUGAUUAUAACUCGUUUGUAUGUAAUCGGUUGAAGUUACAGAAAAAUUUAUAAAGAAUGGUUGAGUCUGAUCAAAGUGACAAAGAAGUAGAAAUUAAAAUGCCUUUGGAAAUUUCUAAUGAUGAUAUAAAUGAUAAUGAACCUGGGCAAAAGAGGUCACGGACAGAUACAUCAGAUGAUGAAAGUUUACAUUUACCAUCCAAGAAAAUACGUACCUCUGUUAAUGAAACUAUAGCUGAUAAACAUGAAGAUAAAUAUAUUUCAGAAGCAAAUGGUAUUAAGGAAGAUGUAAAAGAGGAUACAAAAGAUGUAAAUAUAGAGGACAAGGAAAAUAUGAAAGAUAAGUUAAUAUUAGAAGAAAAUACAGAUCAAGUUAUGGAAGAAACACAUGAUGCAAAAUCUCAAACUAAGGAUAAGGAAGCAUCAAUUAAUAAUGACAGUGCAAUUAAAGAAGAAAAUGAGUCUAAGACUCCAAAAUCUGAGUCAGAGGCAAACCAAGAGGAAAUUGUAUCUACAACAUCUGAAACAGAUGUUGACACAGAGAAUUCGGUAGCAAAAGAAGAAAUAGAAGAGGAAGAAAAGGAAGAUAGUAUUCAGAAGGAUAAGAAACGUGGUAAAUCAAAAGUUGAAGAUCCCGAAGUAGUGGAAGGUUUAGAACUUUCUGUAGAGUGUGCUAGUGAUAAGGAUUCUUCCAGUUCUUCUGAAAGUGAAAAUGAUAAGGAUGAAAAACCUAAACCAAAAACUAUAAUUGUUAAAGCUAAACCUAAUGAUUCAGAAGUUGAUGCCAGUUCUUCGGAUGCCGAGAAACCAAGUUCACGCAAUCUGUCUGAGGAUAAAUCUAAGAAAGGUGCAAAGAAAGGGAGGAAAAGAAGUAGAACAUCUUUUAGUAAAGCUAAAAGUACAGAUUCUGAAGAAAAUGAAAAUUCGGAUGAAGAUUAUAGUCCGCGUACUAAAAAAAAAUCAAUGAUGAACAAAAAAUCUACAAAAUCGCCUACAGAGUCGAAAAGAGGACGUGGUAGAGCAAAAAAAGUAACGAAAAAAGUAUCAGAAACAGAUGAGGAAGAUGAAAAUCACAGUGUAACAGAAGAUCCAAAAGUGGAGGUCCAAAAGGAGGAAAAUGAAUCUGAAGAUGCAGAAUUAACAGGAAGUGAAAAUGAAAGUGAUAGUAAAGAUGCUUCUAAAGAUGAGAAAGGAAAAAAGAGAAGCACUAGACCCGAGGACAAUAAAAAAAUACAGAUCCUGAAAAAGUACAUUAGAACUGCUGGGAUACAUGUAAAAUGCUAUAACGAUCUCUGGGCUGGGUGCAAAUCAAAUGCUGCUAGAAUAAGAUGCCUCAAGAACUUAUUAGCAGAUCAUGGAGUCAGUGGUAGACCAACUUUAGAAAAGUGUAAAAAAAUUAAAGAGAAAAGGGAAAGGCUGAAAGAUAUUGCUGAAUUAAAUACAAGCAACAUUAUAUCAGAAGAACGCGUUACACGUGCUCGAAGAAAUAAGGAUCCAAAUAAAGGAUCAGCAAAAACACCGGAAACGCCUACAAAACAACGUGAAACGCGUAAUACGUUUAAGAGGGUUUUAAAUGUUAUUGAUAGCGAUUCUGAAUGAAACCUGAUGAACAUCCGAAUGAGUAUUUGAAC